AUGCGCCGCGCCGGGUCCACGAGGGCCGCUUCGCCCACCAACACCACCUACUCCGGCAUCUCCAACUACCGCACAGACUCCUACCGCCCACUCCUCGACACUCGUUCGGGCCAGGCUGCAAACGUUGACCCCCGCGCCGUCGCGCGCGUCCAUUUCGCCGAGCUCAGCCAGUAUCUUGCAUCAUACUUGGCCAAAGAGCCCGCCAAUUCCCGAUCCACUGCACGCCAAAAGCUCACUCGUCUCACCCGUCAACAAUUCCAGGAACUCUCGACAGAUGUAUACGAUGAGCUAGUACGGCGUAAGAACAACACUACCGACAACGAAGUCCCCUUCCUUCCCGUCCGAGACGAUUUUCACCCCAAACGCAACCAGGCCCGACAGAAGCUUGCAACUCUUCCCAACGGCCGGUUCAAGGAUCUCUCGAGCGACGUCUACUAUGAACUCGCUCGACGGUAUCCCGAGUUCAAAGAAGAGCUCGAACCCGAACCCCCCAUGUCUGCCGUAUCCCCGGGCUCGACGUACGACGACUACCCCUCCCCCGACUUCCCGCGUAACGGGCGCACGUCUGAAGACCGCGGAAACGACUCCGGCUAUGGUGGCAGCACGCCCGGCGCGUCCACGGCGGACUCCUACUCCCGUCGCAAACCAUCACAAGACAUCCGUACCGGCUCCGACCGCCGACGGCCGUCGCAAGACACUCUCGGACGGCGGCCCAGCGAGUCGACGAGCGUGACGAGCGACGCUCAGAGCGCGACCGCGGGUAUGGGCAUGAUCAUCCCCAACAAGUCCACCAUUGCCGAGGAAGAGAUUGAGGUUCCGUACGGUCGCGAGUCUCAAGGGACGGCGCGCCGGGGGCCCAGCGGCGCGAGCGACUCGGAGCGCGACGACGACAACAGCCCGCGCAGCCCGCCGCAGGGCGGACUCGCGGGCCUCAGUGGACUCAGCGCACGGCUGCAGCAGGCAGACGAUGACGAGGUGGGGCGAAGGAGCGGGGACGACUACUACGAUCGCGGCGCGUACAGCCGCCAAAGCCAGGCGUCGGACCGGUCGGGCGUCGGGUCUCGGUUGGCUGGAGGCAGGACGAGCGUGGCUGGCGACGACGACCGACUGCGGAGGGAAUAUGAGCUCAAGAUCGCGACGAUGCAAACCAAGAUUAAUGGCCUCGAGCGGGAUCUCGAGGACAUGCAGGAGCGGGAGCAACGGUGGGCCGAGGGCGACAACCGGGUUCGAGCGUUGGAGCAGGAACUCUCUGAUCUACGCAGGCGUGCGGAGGAGAAGGCUUCGUCCAUGCUGUCGCUACAGCAGGAGCUCGAAACGCUCAAAGAGGAACGCGCGCGGGAGCGGGACAUCGCGGAGCGACGACAACGCCAAGAUCGCGAGGAGAUGGAGGACCUGCGCGAGCGGUACGAGAUGCUAGAGUCGAGCGGAGGUGGCGGCAGCGUUGAUUCCGCAAUCCUGGACCAACUGCGUUCCGAUAUGGAGGGCCUUAUGGUCGAGCUGUCCGAUUUGUCGCGGCGCAACGACGAGUUGCUGUUGGCUAAAGACGGCGAUAUUACUCUCAUCAGGGACCUAGAGAUGCAGGUGAAGGAGUACAAACGCAAGUACGAGCAGGCGAAGACGGAGCUUCGCAGUGCUAAAGCGACAUCGCAGCUGUUCACGCAGGCACCGAAGCUGGAUGACCAGCUGCCCGUCUCGCGCGAGGGCGGCCUGGUCGACAUCCACGUCACUGCCUUCGUCUCCUCCAUCGACAGCCUGUUGACCGCGGGUCGCUCGAACGCGCCGACGCGCGUCCUGCAGCCGAUGAAGGCGGUGGUCAACGCCGCCUCAGCGAUCAGCGAUGACGUGCGCGCGUUCGAGCGCCGUCCGCAACGCGACCGCGCGGAGGUGGACCUCGAGGCGCUCCAAUCACUCCGCGAACGCUUGGACGCGACGCUCAGCAACCUCGUACAGGCCGUGAAGACGCACGCUACGAGCUCCGGUAUGGCUCCUGUAUCGCUGCUCGACGCCGCCGCCAGUCACGUGUCGGGCACGGUGACGGAGAUCGGGAAGACGAUCCACAUACGCAAGGCGACGCGCGCAGAACAGGACGCGUUCGCGCCGUCGGUCACGGCGGCGUCCGCGUCGAACGGCAACGGGUACACCCCGAGUCUGCGCGCGGUGGAGGAACUUCGUGGGACCCAUCAGCGCUCGGGGAGCAGCGCGAGCUCGCGUGGGGGAGACGACAACGUGCGCGGGUCGCCCACGUCGUCACCCAAGGUCACGCCGCGCCGGCCGCCGUCGAACAUGUCGAACCCGAGCUCGCCCCCGCCUCCGGCACCUGAGAAGAGCAGGCCGAAUGGGAUGAAGGCGGAGAUUCCGGUGGCGGGAGGAGAGGGUCCCGAAGACGCCUGGGCUGAGCUCAAGCCGUAUCUCGAAGCCCAGACGGAGGCGAUCGUGUACGCGAUCCAGAGCGUGCUCUCGGGCGUGCGGAGCCCGACGCCGUCGCCGAACCUGAACGAGAACCUGACGCAGAUCAUCACGAUCGUGUCGAGCAUCGUCGCGGUCUGCAAGGACAACUUCCCGCCCGGCUCGCGGGCACAGGGCGAGGAGGUCCUCCGCGAGCUCGGCGAGCACGCGAACACGCUGAGCGAGGUGCAGGCGCAGGCGGACAUCACGAAGGAGUCCCGGCAGGUGAUGGCCAAGUCGAGCUUCGCGGUCGCGAACGCGAUGAAGGGCCUCAUGAAGCUCUAG